AUGGCUGCAGCGACCCCCUCACAUCGCUCUUCAAGGAGACAGCGUUUGGAGUCCGAUAUAGGGGCCGAAACACCUUCUGGCGUGGAUCAAGCUCUGACGCUUCCUCGCUACCAGCGUCAGUCUCACAAAUUGAACGCAGACGCCAAAAUAGCCCUCCUGAACCUUGCGCAAUCAGAACAUUUCCGACACCUCGACCUGCACCUACAGCACCUCGCUUCUGCGCUGGCGAAUACGACAGGUGAAAUUAAUGACCAAUUGACCGACGCGAAAGCACGAUACGAAAGACAGAAGCGGAAGAGGGGCCAGAAAGAAGGUAGUGAGGAUGUGGAUGUCGAUGGCGACGGAGGUCGCUCGUCAACGCUUGAUGAUGCUGAGGAGAAACACUUCGCAGAUUUGGAACUACGUGUAAAUAUGACGACUAAGAAGAUGGAAGAAAAGGUCAGAGAGUUGGUGGACACAGAAAUGAAAGCCGGUACAAUAAAGGAGAUCCUGGAGAAGAUGGGUCACCCACAAGAGGAAGGAAGAUCCGGCACACAAAGGGCGCGGGCUCCUAGGACCAGAAGGCGAAGGCUUGAGGAUGAGGACGAGGAUGGCGACGAUGCCGAUGUGGAUUAUAACCCUAGCCGUGAAGAAGAUGAUGAAGAAGGGGACGAGGUUGUUCCUGCAAGCGAGCUUUAUGAGAUACGAUUAAAGGAGAAAGAGGCAGAGUGGGAGAGCCGGUCGCUAACACAAAGAUACACUACCCACAAUACCUAUAUUGGAUUUUACCGCAUGCUCCACGAUUCCAAGCAUCCCGGCGACGAUAUCCCUCCCUUACCACACCCAUCAACUUGGUUUAGUAACAUGGAACUCCCAGAGGCCUCGGAGUCAUCCAUUCGAACGCGGGAAAGCAGGAAGAGUGCCACUGCUCGCCGUCCCGACGACGACAUCGCUAUCGAGAGUGAACGUGUCUCCAUCCGCUGCCCAAUAACGUUGCUUCCUUUUAAAGACCCCGUAACAAGCACCAAAUGCCCACAUAGCUUCGAGCGCGCAGCGAUCGAAAGCAUGAUCAACUGUAGCAGCGAGACCGUGGUCGUACGGGCCCCCGGCUUGAGUCGCGGCAGGCAAAAACUAAAAUUUGUAAAAUGUCCGGUUUGCUCUGCUCAGUUGCUUCUUCAGGAUCUGCGCCAAGAUCCUGUCCUCCUGCGAAGAGUUCGACGGGCUAUGGAGACCGCAGCCGCAGAGGAAGAGGAAGAAGCUGAAGCUGAUACCAUGGAAGAGGAUGAUCAAGAUGUGGUGAUGCACGAUCUGGAGACAAAACGAAGUCAAGUAAGAGUAAAGGUUGAAAGGGCAGAGUCAUUAGCCCGGGAGCGGAGUAUGAUCCCUGGAACCCAGUUUGAGACUGUACAAGAUGACGAUGGGGAGGAAGAAGAGGAUGAUGAGGGUUAGCUAAACAGUCAGAGAAAUUUUGAAGGUAGAUCAAGACAUACCAUCAAUAGCUUCUAGUUGCAGAUAUUUUGCUUCACUAAACUCGACAGAUUUUGUUGCUCC